UUGACAGCUGAGGAAAUGGACGUGCAGCGCAUCCAGAAUGUGGCUUAUCAGUACCUGUGCAGGCUGGAGGAGGCCAAAAGGUGGAUGGAAGCUUGUCUCCAUGAGGAGCUUCCUGCUCCUACAGAGUUGGAGGAGUCAUUGAGGAAUGGUGUUCUGCUGGCUAAACUGGGACAUUGCUUUUCCCCUAACAACGUCCCUCUUAAAAAGAUCUUCGACCUCGAUCAGGAACGCUACAAGGCCCUGGGAUUGCAGUUCCGUCACACAGACAACAUCAACCACUGGCGUAAUGCCAUGCAGGAAGUCGGACUCCCAACGAUCUUCCACCCAGAGACGACAGACAUCUAUGACAAGAAGAACAUGCCUAGAGUUGUGUAUUGCAUCCAUGCACUGAGUCUCUACCUCUUCAGGCUUGGCCUUGCUCCUCAGAUCCAUGACCUCUAUGGGAAAGUCAAGUUUACUGAGGAAGAGAUCAAUAACAUGAAGCUUGAGUUGGAUAAAUACGGGAUCCAGAUGCCCGCCUUCAGUAAGAUUGGCGGCAUCCUGACCAAUGAGCUGUCAGUUGACGAGGCUGCUGUCCAUGCUGCAGUGAUAGCUAUUAACAAGGCAGUUGAUAGAGGUCAUGUGGCAGCGACUGCACAGGCCCUGCGGAACCCUAAUGCCAUGCUGGCUGACCUGCAGGAGGCACUAAUGGGUGUGUACCAGGAAAUGCUGUACGAGAAACGGGCUCACAAAGCAUCACUGGCAUCUGCUAAGGUGUGUUCAUGUGCUGCUGAGAAAGACAUCUACGAGGAGUAUCUGACACAGAAGGAGAUCCAAGACAACAUCAGCAAAGUCAAUGUGCGUGCUGCCAUUGAGCAGGUGGAUGAAAGUCUUGAGUGUGGGGAAGAGUUGGCCCUGAUGGCUUCCCUUCAGCUGCCCUGUUUGGCUCUAAGGGGUCUCCGUACAGAGAACAGCGCUUGGUACCUAGAGCAGCUCACUGCUGACCGCGAACAGAAGGCCCUAGAUCUGGGCUGUGUUGACCCUCUGGAGCCUGAGGAGCUACAGGCAGGCAUCACUACAGCCAACCAGGAAUCCCAUAGUAGCAGGAACAUGCAGAGUGCGGUGCGGCAGAUCAAUGAUGCUUUGCAGAGGGGAGACCCGAGACAGACGAUUAGUUCUCUACUGAACCCAGAUGCUCUGCUCCCAGAAGUCUUUGCCUUUGCUGCUGAGCUCUACCAGAACCAGCUCGCUCUACUGCAGAGCCAAAGCCCACAGGGGAAGCUGCAGCAGGAGGAGCUGUAUGUUGCCGUGGAGAUGCUGUCAGCGGUUGCCCUUAUCAAUCAGGCGCUGGGGGCUGAAGAUUUUCAGGCGUUUUGUUCCUGUGUGGUCAGUCCCUCUGCUGGUCUGGCUGACGUGGACCACGGCCUGCUGCAGAGGUACUUUUCAGAGUUGUGUGUAGUGAGGAAGCAGACGGGUAGAACUCUACUGACCUGGAAUCAGCUUCAAGCAGAAAUUUCCUCCGUCAAUGCCUCAGUCCAGGAGGAACACGACCAGAUCUUCACUAUUGGACUGAUAAACCAGGCUCUGUACAAGGGCGAUCCCCACAAGACCCUGGCUGCCCUGCUUCUGCCCUCUAGUGGUCUGGAGGAUGUGGUACCAGCCAACGCCUGUCGAUAUCAUGAUAUCCUGACCCAUGCCAAGAAGCAGAAGGCUGAGAGAAGUCGUGACCCAGGAGCAGAGCUGUGGUUGGCUGACAUCCAGGAAGGUGUAAGGAAAGCCAAUCAGCAAACGCAGAGGGCUCUGAAGAGGGCCCUGGGAUUGGCUGCCGUGAACCAGGCGGUGAAGGAGGGCAGGGCGCCUCAGACGCUACGUGUCCUGCAGCUGCCAGAGGUGGCGCUGAAGAGUGUGAUGUCAGAGUGCGCUGCAGCCUACCAGGCUGAACUAACUGCACUGCUCAGGGCCAAGACUGAGGGAGGAGACAACAGGAGUCCGUGGGCUGGAAUCCAGAUGGAGGAUAGGAGCUGGUUUUACUUCCACCUGUCCAGACUAGAGGGGAGCUGGGAGAGACCGCCUGCCUUCAUCCACAAUAACCUCUUCAUGACCCACACAGAGAUCCAGGCGGGGCUAAGCAGUGUGACGGCAGCACACAGCAGGGAGUGCCAGUGGAAGGCCAGUGAGGACCUGUUGGUGCAGCUUCAGGCUCAGAGUCGCGGCUUUCUCCUCAGACAGAGGCUGGGGGCACGACUCCACUUCCUUAAUACCCAGCUUCCUGCUGUCAUCCGCAUCCAGUCCCAUUGGCGGAGGUAUGUCCAGCAGCGUGCAUAUAGACAAAGACUGCAGUAUCUCUAUCAGAACUGGAGGGCAGUGGUGAAGAUCCAGGCGUGGGUGAGGAUGUGUUUGGCAAGAAGGAAAUACCUUGCACGCCUUCGCUUCUUCAGAAAGAAUGUGGGCGCCAUCAUAAAGAUCCAAGCUUUCUUCAGGGCCAACCGGGCGAGGGAGCAGUACAGGAUGCUGGUCCACUCAGCAACGCCUCCUCUUUCUGUGGUGAGAAAGUUUGCUCACCUGUUGGAGCAGGGAGACAGCGACAUCCGCCAGGAAGCGGAGCUCCUGCGGCUUCGGGAGGAGGUGGUGAGGACCAUACGCUUCAACCAGCAGCUGGAAGCUGACCUGAACCUGAUGGACCUGAAGAUUGGCUUGCUGGUCCGCAACCGUGUCACUCUGCAGGAGGUGGUCUCUCAUUGUAAGAAGUUAACCAGGAAGAAUAAGGAGCAGCUGUCUGAUAUGAUGGCUCUGGAACGUUCCAAAGGACUCAAAGCUCUCAGUAAAAACUGCAGAGAGCGGCUAGAGAAUUACCAGCACCUGUUCUACCUGCUACAGACCCAGCCAUCGUACUUGGCCCAGUUGAUCUUCUUGAUGCCUCAGACGAAGACGACCCAGUUCAUGGAAGCUUUGGUCUUUACUCUCUUCAACUAUGGAUCCGACCGCAGGGAGGCGUACUUGCUGCUUCAGCUGUUUACUCAGGCUCUUCAUUACGAGAUCAGGAUGAAGGUGGAGCGUCCUCAGGAUGUGGUGACUGGUAAUCCCACCGUCAUUAAGAUGUUGGUGAGUUUUUAUCGGCAUGCCCGUGGUCAGAAUUCCCUCCGAGACAUCCUGGGCCCCGCCCUCAGAGACGUCCUGCAGGAUCGGACCCUCAGUAUCAGAACCGACCCUGUAGAAAUCUAUAAAACCUGGGUCAACCAGACAGAGACCCAGACCGGACACAAGAGCUCCCUGCCCUAUGAGGUUAGUGCAGAGCAGGCUCUGUCUCACCCUGAGGUUCAGCGUCGGCUGGACAUCGCCAUGGUCAACCUGAAGAACCUGACAGACCGCGUGCUCAAUGCCAUCACCACCAACCUCCACAAACUACCAUAUGGGAUGCGUUAUACAGCCAAGAUCCUGAGAGACACCCUGAAGGCCAAGUUUCCUCAAGCCAGUGAGGAGGAGCUUUAUAAGAUUGUGGGGAACCUGGUAUACUAUCGCUACAUGAACCCUGCUGUAGUGGCGCCGGAUGGUUUUGACGUGGUGGAGUUCACUGCGGGCUCCGCCCUUCUACCGGAGCAACGGCGGAUCCUGGGCUCCAUCGCUCGCAUGCUGCAGCACGCCGCCGCCAACAAACAUUUCCAUGGUGACAGCUCCUACCUGCGAGUCCUGAAUGAUUACAUCAGCCUUACCCACACCAAGUUCAGGAAGUUCCUGCGUGCAGCCUGCGAUGUCCCAGAGCCAGAAGAGCGUUUUAACAUGGACGAGUACUCUGAGCUGGUCAUCCUCAACAAACCUGUCAUCUAUAUCACUGUUAGCGAGCUGCUGAACACACACAAGCUGCUGUUGGAGCACCAAGACUCUCUGUGUCCAGACCCCUCAGACCCUCUGCUGGUCCUGCUCAGGGACUUGGGGACAGUUCCCUCCCUCCAGGAGUUGGUUGGUAAGGGCCUCACUUCACCAGGAGAGCCUGCAGGACACCAGGCAGAAUCUGGGUCGGACUCUUGUAAAACAGAAGUGUCUCUCACCCUCACCAGCAAGUUUGACAUCUUCAAAGACUCGAACGACCAGCCCGAUGCCAAAGGAAUCCUGCUCAGCACUAAGCAGCUGAUCAUCGAUGUGAUCCGGACCCAGCCAGGAGACUCUCUGAACGAGGUUCUGAGGGCUUCUAUCUCACAUGAACAGGAAGUGCAGCAUGACUGGAUGAUUCAUAGGCGUGUCCAGCGUGAUGCACGCACGCCUGACAAGAUGAAGAGGAACCAGUCUCUUGUUGCCGAUGGAAACCUCCGUCUGGAGGAGAAGAAGAGAAAGAUUGUGAGGAACCUCCGUCGCCUGGAGAGCCUGGGGGUCCUGACGCCCCCUAACUGUGACACACAGAUACUGCAGCUGAUAGCCAAGGACAUUCGUCAUCAGCGUUUAUAUCGUCAGCGACGCGGGGUGGAACUUGUGAAGUUCAGACAGACACUGGAUAAUCUCCAUGCCAAGAGUGCCUUUCACAGCCAGCAGAUCGACUUCUACAGCCAAUACAUUACUUCCUGUCUGGACAACCUGACCACAGACACAAAGACCAACAAGAAGGCAGAGUCCAGAGGAAAGAAGAAAUCACCCAGUCUGUCAUACAGCGCCUCCCGGCUGCGUGAGAAGGGAGUUCUGCUUGAGAUCGAGGACCUGCCAGUUACACAGUUUAAGAACGUUGUGUUCGACUUCGUCCCGGCAGAGGAGAGAGGAAGCUUCCUGGUUAACGCUCGAUUCUUGGGGGUCGAAAUGGAACAGUUUCCCCUCAAAUACCAGGAUUUGUUACAGCUCCAAUAUGAAGGUGUAGCAGUGAUGAAAAUGUUUAAAGCCAAAGUCAACGUCAACCUUCUCAUCUUCCUCCUUAACAAGAAAUUCUUCAAAAAGUGACACCAUUUCCUACUUCCUAUCCCUGCACCAACUCAUCAUUCCACAUGUUAAUCAGCAGCUCAUCUUCUUUUUCCACCAUCCAUCCAUUCAUUCGAUCAUGAUCGCAGACACCAAGUCUGGCACGAUUCUCAUUAGCUGUCCAGCAGCCAUUAGGAACCGGGUCCCACCAUCAUAGUGCAGUUUGAGUUCUGUCUGCUUUAUUAAAAUGUGUUCACAUCUCACUUCCACCCGCUGUCUGAGCAGUUCAGCUUCAAAAGGAUCAGAUUUCUCUAAUCAAUAAUUGAACCGUAAGUGUUGUAUCAAUACACUGUUUAAUGUCAUCUCUUCGAACUCAUUUUCUGUAUUAUGCAUCAUCAGUACUUUCACUGUAUACUUAAUACACACCACAUACACAAUCAAGGCUAUUCCAGUCACCCGGGUUCGAUCCAGUGCAAUAUCCUCCGAGGACCAAAGGAUAGGUUGGUGUCUUGUUGAAAAGCCAUGUGAAAAGUAAAGCCUGGCUGCGGUAGAAAUCAUACACAUACAUACACACACCUGGCCUUUCCGACCUGAAUACUGAUGAUUACCAGCCUUCGUGUAAAUCUGCUCUAGAAUCUGUAAAUGUAUUCUGUUCUGUCCUGUCUUUUUAAGUGUUAGUGUUUGUCAUGGAGUUUAAG